CUAUACACCUCGUGAUUUCGGACGAGACUGGCCUACUUUCUGUGUCCAACAAACAAUACUGCUAAAUUAGCUCCCGAGGUUUGGAUUAUAGCUUUGAUUGUGUACAGUAGCUGUUUUAUACACAGGUGUACACAUAAACUGCUCGAAACAAUGGAACAAGUGGAUUUCGCCAUAUGCGGCGGCCGAAUCGUUGAUCCUGCUACUGGCCUUGAUGGAAGGGGGAGUGUAGGUGUACGCAAUGGGAAAAUUGCAGUGAUCGACAUGGACUCGUCCGUAACCUUUGACCCUCAGCAUGUGGUCUCCGCUGACGGGUAUAUUGUGAUUCCAGGGAUGAUCGAUUGUCACGUGCACGCCUAUCAACAUGCAACUCCGUUAGGCAUAAAUAUCGAUGAGAGUUGUCUUGCACGUGGCGUCACGACUGCUGUCGACGCAGGCUCGGCAGGUGCGUCUACAUUUCCUGGAUUAAGGAAGUUCAUCGCGGAGAGAAGCGAUACCCGGCUUCUGGCGUUCCUUCACAUCGCAUCCCAUGGACUGGCGUCGGCGGGCUGUUCGGCCGGGGCCUCGGGUGGCGAGUGCGACCAUCUGAACCAGGUGGAUGUGACCAAGUGUGUUCAGUGUGUCACACAGAACACAGACAUGAUUGUCGGGGUCAAGGUCAGAGUGUCACAGAGUUGCACAGACAAUGGCAGGACGGAGGAAGAGGUGUACAGAAGAGCCCUGGCUGCCUCUACCGAGAGUGGUGUUCCACUCAUGGUCCACCACACUAUGUCCACAGUCCCAGUCGCUAAGCAAGAAGGCAAACUGUGCUGUCCUUCAGACAUGAAGCCCGGUGAUAUCUACACACACGCCUUCAUGCCCCAUUUGUCACACAUCCUUGACCAGGACAAAAAAGCUGUUCACCCAGAUGUAUGGGAAGCCAAAAAAAGAGGGAUCUAUUUCGACAUUGGACACGGUGCUGGUUCGUUCGGCUGGACAGUGGCUGAAAUAUGUACCAAAGAAGGGUUUUGGCCAGACAUUAUCAGCACUGACCUCCAUUGUGAAAGUGUGGACGGUCCGGCAUAUGACCUAGCAACGGUCAUGACCAAGAUGUACGCACUUGGAAUGCCUCUCAAUGAUGUCAUUGCCUCUGUGACGUCACAACCUGCAGCUGCCAUCAAACGAUCUAAUUGUCUUGGGUCUCUCCAGGUAGGAAGAGAGGCUGAUAUCUCUAUGUUGAAGAUCGAGGAAUGUGACAUCGAUUUGGAGGACUGCUAUGGUCAAAUUCGGAAGGUGAAGAAACGGUUUAUCCCUGUCGGGGUCUGGCGAAAUGGCAAGCGAUUCGAUGUGUCACCUCACCCAAACUAUCCCAACAUUGACAGCAUCAAACAUGGUAUAAAUGCGUGGGAUAGCACCGAUGUUCGGGACGCCACUAAACCCUCACUAUCGUAGAAUAACUGAAAUACUGAAACCGACUUCAUCGGGCUUCAUGUCUGAAGGACAGCACAGUUUGCCUAUAGAAAAAACAAAUGAAUAUGAUAAAUGUGAAUCUUAGACAAAAAAUCACAGAGAUUAAGAGUGAUCAAUCUCAUUAAAAUCAGAUCUUAGUUCUCGCUACCGCUAAACAAAGAUCUUAGGAUAUCCCAUUACGGGUCAUGUCAGAC